AUAUGCCUACAGUACAAGGAAGCUGCAAACCUGCCUCACAGACAGCAGUGCAAGUGAAUAAGGAUAAAGGGAAGAGAUCGGAGCAGUGAAGCUUCUAUUGUUGAUAGUGUCUUGCAGGCAAAAAGAAGCAUGAUAGCUACACAUCAAAACCUGUCAACCGACCUGGACAUGGGAGGCUCUGGGCCUGCUCCUCGUAACUGGAAAGGGAUUGGAAUUGCAGUACUGGUAAUUGUUGUGGUACUAUCCCUGGUAAUCGUUUCUAUUUUCCUCCUCACCCCAGAGGAUGCUACAUUAACUCAACUAUCCAAGCUGACCUUUGCAGAUCUGGGUAGAGAGGAACUACGAUUACAGAUCCCUCAAGCAGUGUGGACUGGAGGUGAAGAGUUAAUAUUUCGUACGAGAGAAGGACAUGUGAUCAAGCAAAACAUGCAAAGCAGAGAUGAGAUUAUCUUGGUGGAGAAUGGCACAUUUCACAUGCUAAAAGCAACCAAAUUCCAGGUUUCACCUGAUCUCCACUAUGCACUCCUCGCUUUUAAUGUGAAACAGAUUUUCCGUUAUUCCUUCACUGCAUCGUAUGCCAUUUACAACAUACAGACCAGAGAGGUUAUUGAGUUGAAUCCACCAGAGGUCAAACGUUCAGUACUCCAAUAUGCUGCAUGGGGACCUCAAGGGAGUCAAUUGGUAUUUAUCUUCGAGAACAACCUCUACUACCAGCAUGAUGUGUCAAGCAGCGCACUACGCCUCACUUCCUCUGGGAAAGAAGGAGUUGUUUUCAAUGGAAUCUCAGACUGGCUGUAUGAAGAACAAGUGCUUCAGUCAAAUGUAGCUCACUGGUGGUCAUCUGAUGGGGCCCGUUUGGCAUAUAUUGCUGUUAAUGACUCACUGGUACCAACCAUGGAGCUCCCCCAGUUUCUUGGCAGUCUGUAUCCAACUUGCAAGCGGUAUCCCUAUCCAAAAGCAGGGCAGCCAAUUCCACAGGUGAAGUUACAAGUGGUUAACUUGUACGGCCCAUCCCACACACUGACACUUGUGCCUCCAGACACCUUUCGCUUCAGGGAAUAUUAUGUCACCAUGGUGAAGUGGAUCAAUAGCACCCGACUAGCCGUGCAGUGGUUAAGCCGUCCUCAAAAUUUCUCAGUGUUGUCCUUCUGUGAAGCUACCACUGGUGCCUGCAUUGAGAAGCACCGAAUGAUUUCAGAUGCCUGGAUUAUGAAGACUAUGAAUGAGGUUGUGGUUUCCAAAGAUGGCAGCAUGCUAUAUCUGUCAAUACCAGCAAAGCAGGGGGCAAGAGGAGAGUUCAGCCACCUAGCAGUAAUACCUACACAGCCUGCUGGAACUCAAAGCGCCGUGAGGUUUCUGACUUCAGGAAACUGGGAAGUAACAAGCAUCACCGCACUGGAUGAAGAGAGACAAAAAAUAUAUAUCCUGAGUACAGAAGAAGGAGCAAGAAGGAGGCAUCUUUACAGUGUCGACACAACAGGUUCCUUCCAACGUUAUUGUGUCACCUGUGACCUCAUACCAAACUGCAGUUUCUUCCAUGUGGAGUUCAGCCCCAAUCUCACCUACGUCUUGUUACAUUGCCGAGGCCCUGGAGUUCCUAGAACCAGCAUCCAUCAGACUAUAAAUUUCAGCAAUUUCUCUGUAUUAGAGGACAAUGGUUCACUGCAAGACUUCCUGCAGACAAAGGAUUUGCCAACUGUCGAGUUUGUAAAGCUGUCCAUUUCUGGCUAUGAUCUACCAAUGAAGCUGUCACUUCCAUCUGGCUAUAAGGAUAACCUGCAUGCAGUGCUGAUGAUACUUGAUGAGGUUCCUGGUAGCCAGUUGGUCACAGAAGAGUUUAAAGUGGGUUGGGAUACUGUCCUUGCCAGCAUGUACAAUGUUAUCGUGGUUCAUUUUGACAGCAGGGGCAGUGGAUACCAAGGAGUGAAGAUACUGCGUGAGCUUCAUCACAGACUGGGGACACUGGAGGUCAAAGAUUACAUCGCAGCAGCGGAGUGGCUUAUGCAGCAGCCGUAUGUUGAUCGAAGGAGAAUAGGUGUCUAUGGAAAGGCAUAUGGUGGCUAUCUAAUGCUUAAACUGAUGGCAGCAACGAGUGGUUUGUUGAAAUGUGGUGUGGCUGUGGCUCCAAUCACAGACUUCAGGAUACAUGCUGCCAUGUUUUCUGAAAGAUAUCUAGGGCUUCCUUCCUACGAGGACACUAUGUAUGCAGUCGCUUCACUACUUGAAGAAGUUCCCAGACUGCAAAAUGAGAAACUCUUCCUGAUACAUGGAACAGGAGAUGCUACUGUGCAUUUUCAACACACAGCAGAGCUCCUCAAUCGGUUAAUAAAGGCUGACAUCAACUAUACAUCUCAGAUCUACCCUGAUGAAGGACAUUACUUUCAGUCAGACAGCAAUGCUGAGCAUUUCCUGAUGGCAGUUUUCUCCUUCUUUCAGAACUGCUUCCAAGACUCCAGCAGAAAAGCAUCAGAAGCACAAGAUGAUGAGUAAGGAGCAGCCUUUGUGCUAAGCAGGCUGGCAGGCCUGCAUCAGCAGCUUCCUCUCAUUAAUAGCUGCUGCAGGCUUGUUCCCAACAUUUCAUCCUCUCUGCUGAAAAAAAAAUGAGAGGUUUUUCUACAGGAUUCCUGUUUCCGUUUACAAAUGAGAGUUAUCAAACACCCUAAGGAAUCAGUGUACUGUGUUCCUACAGAAGGGUCUGCAUAUUGCAUGGGGUUAAUAAGGAAUCCAAGCAGACAGGAGACUCUCAGUUGUUCAUGUACUGUCACUUCACUUGACCAUGAAGGACUUAUUAACAGUGCUUGAUCCAAACUGGCUUUGAUGUUUUGGCUUUUGGGAAAAAUUAAUGACUGAUUAAGUCUCAGUUUCUGAAUUUUUCUUCUAUUCACACUAGCCUUGCACAAACACUUUCAAUAGAUUCACACAAGUUAUUUCUAACAGAUAUCCAUCGUGUGUGCAUUGGAUUAAUUAUGUUUCUUAUGACUAUCAGUGGUAGAAGUGACAAGGAAACAGUUGUUUUAAGAAGCUGGUGCAUUGACGAGCAGGCUUUUCUAAACAUUGUAACACCAUUUCCCUUUUUACAGAUCUAUUUUUCAAUUUUCACAGGAGAAAGAGUCUUUAUACCUACCUAGCCUUGAGGCAACUGAUGCAUACUGUGAAUUCAAUUAUUCAUCUCACUGAGGUGAUUGCCUGGUGUUUACUAGUCUAGCUGGAGGUGCUAACUGAUUUUCAAUAUGUGCACUAAAUGUAAACAACCAAAAUGAAGAAACCAACUUCUCUGUUGUGCAAGCAACACAUCAUUAUGCAUGUAUAAACACAUGCAUGCAAGUACACAUGCAUGCUUUUAUGUGCUAAAAAAUAAAUCUAAAGUCUGUUUCCAG